GUAUAUCAAUCGCGACUCAAAACAGUCACAACAAUUAGCUGUUUGCUCCAGUUUUAAUCAUCACUCAGUUCUCUCAAGCUAUCAACUUCAUCAACAACACUGCAUCAGAAUGAAAACUAGUUUGAAUUAUUUUAUUCCCAUUCUAAUCAUAAUCACUAAUGUCUUGAUGGUGACAGCAUUUCAAGAUGAAGCAAUAUUCGAAGAGGAAGAUAUUUAUAAUCGAGCUCUUCCUCCACUUCCUUAUUCUGGAAUGACAGUUCCUGGCACUAAAUGGUGUGGUCCUGGCAAUACAUCAGCAAACUAUGAUGAUUUGGGAAGAUUCCGUGAAACGGAUAAGUGUUGUCGAGCACACGAUCACUGUCCCGAGACAAUCGAAUCUGGCAGUACAAAAUAUUCACUGUUCAAUCCGGACAUGUUUCCAAGAAUGAAAUGUGAAUGUGAACAAGAAUUUCUAAAUUGUCUACAAAAUGUCAAUGAUUUUGCCUCAAGUACAGUGGGUCGGGCAUAUUUUGGUGCAAGAAGUAUAUGCUUUAAAUAUGCUUCGCCAAUAAUUCACUGCACACAAUAUAUGGAAGGGACAUUUAGCAGAAGAUGCAUAAAAUAUAAGUUCAAUGUGGAAAAACCUCACAAGUGGCAAUUUUUCGAUGUUCCAUAUUACACGGCUAAAAAAUAGAAUUGAAUAAAAAAGAGAAAUUUCGGGCUUCCAAA